AUGGUGAGCAGAAACGUAUACGUAUUCUUCGACGACGACGACGACUCUUUCAAUUUUCAGACAUCAGAAGAAGCUAGCGACUGGGUUGUCGAGAAGGAUUCGUCAAACCGAUGGGCAGGGGGUGGGCGUACACUCCUUACGGGAAGCAGUGGGGAGUUUACGUUUACAUUUAACGGGACGGACGUUGAAAUUAUGGGUGAUGUGCCUUUGUCUGCAGAGUCACAAACUGUGCUGGUUCAACUCGACGGUGAAGCCCCUCGUGAAUUAUUUCUCCAAGACUCUUCCCAGUUUCGCAAUGGCUCCUAUCGACGAUGGCUUCAUCUACGUGAUUUGGACGACGGCACUCAUACACUGCAUCUCAGUCGCCUCCCUCUCGGACUCUCCGUUGACUUUGCGGUCGUGGCACCGGGACUGGACCAUGUUGUGCAGGGAAGGCAGCUGAUGGUGGACGAUCUGAAUUCCGAUCUGAGGUUCCAAGGAAACUGGAGCACCGUACAACCAGUGGUGGGGAGGGAUUCUGAAGCCGAACGAUUGCCACUUCCCUGCGGGCUCUCGUCACACCAGACCGCAACUGAGGGAUCUACGGCAAUGCUCUCCUUUUUUGGGUCUAGCGUGUCCGUUGUUGGCCAUAAUAGCCUCACAGCACCAAUCGUUGUCAACUUCACCAUUGACGAUGGCGUCCCAGAACGAGUCACCUUGGGUCCUCACAUCUCUGACGGAAUCUCCACCCAAUUCCCUUGGUUCACUCGAGGUGACUUAGGCGCCUCCUCGCACUUGCUCAAAAUCGAGCUCAUAGAAACCAGAGACCAGCCGUUUAGCAUCGACUACAUCCUCUACAAGUCAGAAUUUCAGCGGCCUAGGAUGAAACCGCGGACCAAAUCCUCAGUUCCAAUGGCAGUAGCGGCUGGUACUCUCGGUGGCAUCAUUGGAUUCACCCUCCUAAUCGUCCUUAUUAUCUGCCUCUGUAAGCGCAGUAGUACCGUCAUUGCUUUACGGAAACGCACCCUUCGAAGCAAUGGUAAACUCCCCAUCGAUCUCGACCUUGAACUCUCUCGCGGGAACGGCGGGCCACGUCUCGGAAAAGCAGGACCGAACGCUUUCGCUUGGGUACCAACAGCGUCUAGAUCAAGACCAACGCUCAAGCCCGAACCCUUUAUUAUCCCCUUAUCCGAGUGGACACCACCUCCUUCUGCCACCAGCACCCGAGAUCGCAAGCAUCCCGUCCCACUGGACAACAUCCACGAUAGACGUCCCAGUCAAACCGCACGGGAGAUCGGAGAACUGUACCGCGUUGUGCAUAUGCUGACUCUGGAGACUGAAAGGCUACGACAAAGCCACUCGAGCAACGCCAGCCCCGUGGAUCGAGAAGUCGAGCCACCGCCGUAUCAGGAAACGAGCUCUCUCGAUGAAGACCUUAGCCCUGCUCGGUCACCAUUGGUACAAGGCACUCUCCAUGGUUCCCGAACCCUAACGCCUUCUCCCAUAACAUCGACCGGACCUCCUCUACCCAGAUCCCUCCCCCACCCGGCACCCUGA